AUGCCGCGCUGGCUGUUCUACUCAGCGUCCUACCAGCCCGGCCGCGCGCGCUGCGCCGGCGGCGACCACGCUUUCGCGUGCAUAGCGCGCACGCUGGGCGCGCUGGGCCACGGCGUGCACCUCCUCCACCAGUCCACCAAGGACGCCGCGUUCGCCGCCGCCGUGGAG